CAGCCCCGACCCAAUUAGAAGGCAUAACAAAGCAUAGGGUGCAUAACGUGUACUGCUAGAAGCCCAUUGUGUGGGAUCCACGCUGGCAAACAUGGCAAUUUUUGUCCCUCAAAUAUCAGACGAGAUAUAUCAUGGGAUCGUUUUCGAAGGAGCCCCUCGUGCAGCCACAGCCCUGGAGUUCACCCGAAACGCAAUUAUCAUCAAUUCUUUCUCGAAGUACUACUCCAUGACUGGAUGGCGGCUGGGCUGGAUCAUAGUUCCAGAUCAUCUCGAUAGUUGCGUCGACGCACUUAACCAGAACAUGAAUGUGUCUGCGCCGACGAUAGCGCAGCGCGCAGCGGUGUGCGCCUUGUCACACGAGGCGAGCGGCGAGCUCCUGGCCCACGUGAAGAGGUAUCAGGUCAACCGAGCUGCUGUGAUAGAAGGGCUUCACAAGAUGGGCAUCAAGGAGCACCAGUAUGCACCUCCAAUGGGGGCAUUUUACAUGUAUGUGGAUCUGAAGGAGCAUGGGGUCACAGACUCGUUAAAAAUGUGCGAAGCGCUUCUGGAAGAAACUGGCGUCGCGAUGACACCUGGUGUAGACUUCGAGGAACCUGGCAGCGGCUUGGGCGAAAAUCGUGUGAGGAUCGGGUUUCCUGGUGGCACGGACGAUGUAAAAGAGGCUAUGCGUGUAUUUGGCGAGUGGUGGACUUCAUCGGCUACGGCGAAAAAAAUUAGAGGCCUCAGCUAGACGUUCAGCUACGAGCGAGGUGGAAAGUCGUAACAGUUUUGCCCUUCUGCUUGCAUUUCGAACGAGUUGUGUGCCCCGCGUUGCGCAGAUAUGGUUCAUUGUCUUAUUGCAGCUGAAGUUUCCGAGUGACACGUGCGCAGUGCAUUGGUUAUUUCUUCGCGUAAAAGCACACGAGUCAUGCGUCAUCCGUUCAUCCAGUUUCGACAAAUAGUGCUUGCACUUAGGAGUUCUGUCUUCUGUCAAAGACACUGGGCCUAAAUCUUGGUCUGGCGGUUCUUCUGAAUUAUGCCCUCGGCGUUUUUUUCAGCUUUUAAUUCGACGUGUUGAAAAUCAUGUUCUACACAAGCAUUGCACCCAUGCGCUAGGAAAUUGUCCCCUAAUUGGGGCCGCGCCGGGCUCAUCAUUUGCGCUUUCAGAUCAGUUGAUUGCGCUGAUCCACGCUGCCGUCUACCACGAUCUACCACGUCCUUAGUUCAUUCUCCCUGCGUCCAGUCCUCCCGAUAUUUGUAUUGUAAUGUUUAUGCUUCUCCUCUGGUCGUCGCUGCUGGCUGGUCGCGGGGCCUCCGGGCCUGUUCCGCGCUGAUGUUAGACCGGUGUUAGGGCGCUGUUGUUGGCGUUUUUACCUCUGCGCUCUGCGCGCGGAGCGGUAGGGACGGCAGGCGGCCGGAACAGGAGAGCGGGAGCGAAGACAGCAGUGAAGUCAAGGACCAGCUUUUGACAAGAAAGCAGAAGACGUAGAAAUCAUUCAGAUCCACAGCGACGGGCCACGCUC